CCGGGGGGAAAGGCGACUACAAAGUGAGCACCAGCCAAUCACAGCCAAACAUUACACAGCUCACCCAACCAGCACACCACUCUCAACAAACCAGCAGGAUGACCACCAACAACCUCGAGCCAGUCUUCCUCAGCUCACCACACCAUCAAACAGCAACAACUAACUAUCAUCCACCAGCCAACUCAUCAUCAAACCAGCAACCAUCACCAUCUGCCAGCACAAGCACAAGCACAAGCACAGGCUCAUCACCAUCAGCUAAUAACCCACAGGAACUAACAAGGUCCGACUCAGAUCCAAUAGCAGCAACAGGCGAUGGCCACAAUAGUAACAACAGCAGUCCCUCACCAUCCCAUCAGCAACACUACCCCCCGCCCGUCAGACUGAGGAAGGGGACCCGGUUCGAGGAUGCCUAUCCGAGCAUGUUUGCCUCACUGGGGGACAAGGACCCCGACCCGAGCUCGCUCCUGGCCAGCCUCGAGUCACCCUUCCAGCUCCAGGAGUACAUUGCUCACCUCGUCCGCGCCGACCCGCAUGCGGUGGCUAGGAUCAUCAAACUACCCAGCCCGCACGUCCAGCGUGAAGUAUGGAUCUACGAGCAGCUCCGUAGACUCGCCCACGACCUGGGACACCCACUCGUUAGCGCACUCCAGGCUGACUGCAACCGCGCCAAGUGUCCAGAGAUGAAGGCCGGGGAAUGGCUCUACCUCUGUGCGGCCCAUGCGACCGCCAACGAGAACGAAUGCUGUGCGAUCGAUUACAUAGUACACACGCUCGAUGGUGCGACAGCCCUCCUGAACUCAGCCCGCUACUUCCCGAGCCGAUUGCAGAUCCCGGCUAGCUCGAUCAAGCAUUUCACUUCGAUCGCCAGGAGGCUGUAUCGGAUCUUGGCUCAUGCUUGGUUUCACCAUCGGGAACUGUUCGAGGAAUGUGAAAUGGAGACCAGUUUGUAUGCACGAUUCCUGGCAUUAACGGACGAGUUUGGGCUGAUUGCGGAGGACCUAUUAGUGAUCCCGCGGGCGGUAGAGGAGGAGGGACAGCACGACGAUGAACAUCAACAGCUCGACGAGAUCGACGAGGGCGGUGAUGAAGCCCAGGCUGAGGCCCAUCAAGACCAACAACAAUCUUUGGAUGACGAGCGGGAGGAGGAUCAUCAUGAUCAGCACCAGCAGGAGGAGCAGCCCGAGAACACUAACGAUCACCAUCACCUUCAUGACUCUAAUGACUCACAAACCGUAAUAGAUCCCCCUACCGAUAAGACUGACGAGAAAACCAAUAAAAUAGAAGAACAAACUGCAUCUCUCUCUCUUACUUAA